GACGGUCUGGGCGAUGCCUUCGCAGCCGCGACCGAGGCGGAGGCGGAGGUGAUGGCCCUGAGGUGGCAGUGUUGCCUCUGCUUCGAGCAGCACGGGCACCACGAGACGCGGUGGCGCCUGGGGGACGAGGCUCGCUGCGGGCACGUGGUCUGCCGGCGCUGCGUGAUCGGCUGCGUCCACUGGGGCGGCCGCUGCCCGUACGACAACGCGCCGAUACCGCCCAUAGUCGUCUGUGGCGCCAUGGGCACGGGCGAGUACGUCUACCACGAGAAGCGCGAGGAGGCGCGGAGGACCGGAG